AUGGAAGGAGAGCUCAGUCUGUGUAAGUAUGUUGGGAAUGUGUUGCUGACUGAACACAGAAACUUGUUCAGCAGGAAGUUUCGUCCUAACUUGCUCGUCCUCGUACAUGCACUUGGGGAGGAGUUUGUGGUUAUAGCUACACCUGGUAAACACCUACAAACACACAUGAACAGGGAGAAGAUGAUCUGCAGCAUCCUGCUGCUCAUCAUCCUGACCUCCUGUGUCUCUGGAACAUUAGUAGUGAAUGUGACCCAGACCUCCUAUCAGGCAGAUGAGAACCACCACAUCACACUGGAGUGGACCUUCACAACCAACCCUGACACUUCCUCCAACUCUCUUUAUAUCUACUGUGUACUGUUAACUGAUCUCACACCUUCAGUCCUGUUUUAUCUCCAUGAAGGAGUUGAGGCUCCAGAGUUUCAACAUGAACAGUUUGCAGGACGAGUCCAGUGGGACAAAGACGUCCUCAGAGAAGGACGACUCAGACUUCAUGUGUCCAGACUCAGGACUGAAGACUCGGGACUGUACCUGUGUGAUGUGCUCACAGAUUAUGGGAGUAACUCUGGUAGAUGUUGGCUCAAUGUCACUGCAGCGAGGGAUCGGCCUGAACCUGAGACACCAAACACAACAAGUCCACCAAACACAACAAGUCCACCACAACCAGAGAGUCGGGGAAGGAUCGGUCUCUACUGUGGACUGGCAGCAGCUCUGCUGGCUCUCUUCUUAGUCUUCAGUCUUUGUUUUACCAAGUCUACGGAUAAUAAAAAAAUCACCUACAGUUUACAGAUGUCGAGUUCAUCAGAGAAACGAGCCAUCAGAACUAACGGGACUCAGUCUGGAGGACCCUCUUUAAAUGAGUCAUCAGAGCAUAAAGUUAUAGUUAUAAAAACUAAAUCAGACUCCUAG